CAAUGGGAUGAACGCGCUUUAAAUCAUGGAUCCUGGACCUCGAAGAGGUACGCUGUAAUGUUAACGCAAUUAUUUCCCGUUUACCCUCCCAAAUCGAUUUUCUCUCCCAAAGGUUCGCCUGCUCCAUCACGUUCUAUGGUCUCGCUCUCGACGUCGAUGCGGGGUCCUUCAACAAUUUGUUCCAGUUCGCCCUCGUGGCCGCGUCGCCAAUGGCCACCUACGUUCUGAUCGUGUGGCUGGGCCGGAGAGACGUCCUCGCGGUGUCGCUGUACAUCGUCUGCGUUUCCUGCAUCGCCGUCGCAUUCCUGCCUAGAGUUAUCUCCAGCGCCCGUUUCAUGGCCCUGUCAAGCGCGUGGUUCUUCUCCAACGUUGCCUACACGGUGUUGUUUGUAUACGCCACCGAGAUCUUCCCGACCGUCAUACGAGCUCUGAGCUUCAACUUGGGCGCUGGCUUCGGCAGGAUCGGGACCAUCAUUGCGCCUUACCUCUACCAAGGAACGGAUUCUAAGUUCAUGUCCUUCCUGAUUCUUGCGUUCACGUGCGGUCUGAGCGGCUUUUUGGUGGGAAAGCUGCCGAAUACCAAGGAAGUGCAUCUACCCGAGAUAGUCAAGCCCGAAGAGAACCUUUUCGACUUCACCCCAAUGCGGCCGCACCCUAGUCGGUCGCGUGGAGGCACCGGCUUGAGCCCUCAAGACGGAAGUCCAAACACAACGCUGCAAGUGCCAGCGCUUCCCAAGGUCUCGACCAGCAAGCUGCCUUCUCCAGUCGCCAGCACGCCAGACCAAAAUGUCUCGAGUUGGGUCAAGCCACAAGCGAAACACUUCGCCUCGUCUCACCACCAAAGACGAAGGUCAGUCAAGCCAGCGCUGAAGGAGCUUGGAAGAACACCUACCAGUGUCGUGACCGCUUCCGAGACUCGGCCUUCUGGACCGAAACUUUCGUUUUGCGAACCAGUUGCUGGAGGUGCCACACAAUCAGCACCAGCCGCCACCUCGGCAGCAACCGAAGACGAGAAACCCGCGGUACAACUCGCCGACGACGAUGCCGAACAGAAACGAGCAUCGCUUGAGACCGUGCCCUUUGCCAAUGAGGUCUUCCGGGAGGACCGGCCCAACGCAGAGUCACCGAAAGGACAGGAAGGGAUUCCUUUUUCAGGGACCAGCGUCGACGCCGCGAAGUCGCCCUCCGAAAGUCCGGGGCAGUGCCGUUCGCCUCCAAGUAUCGUGGUGGACCCUGCUGGUACCACGCGUCCCAUGGAGGGUCCUCACCUCGGAGACCCCGAACUGUUAUCCUCACCGUCGCCUGUCGCUGCAGCGUCGACCGCCGUUGCCACCGAGACGAUGGAACGUUGGUCUGCCACGACGCACCAUUUCUCGCCUGUGAGGGACUCCAUUCCAGCGGAGGUCGCCUCUCCCACAUUCCGUAGAGUGGACGCUGAGACGGGGAGCCCCCUGCAAGCCGUGGCCACAAUAGCCUCUGGCGGUGUCACGCCUGCGCGCAGCUCGUCGCCCUCGCGGCCAACAACGCGGAGGUUGGGCGUCGACGAUGUGGCCUCGACUGCUGAGGCCCCAAUGCCUCCUGAGCGUCUGGAACAUCGAGACGAAGUUGGAGCUCGGGCGGUGCAGGCGAUGUCGGUACGUGCGGCCGAGCCUGUGAAAAAGGCCGGUACACUGCAGUCGCCGCGGCAUUCGCUGGAAGGUGCAGGGAGCGGUGUGUUGGCAAGGCCAGAGAACGUCGACAGGAGACUGGCUUCGCCACUCAGAAGACACAUAAAGAACCCUGCCAGCCCGAAGUUGAAGAGGAACAAGCUCUCGAAGCACCGCCUACCGCGUGGAGGUCACCAUCGCUAGAAGAUUUAAUUACGCGCUUUUCAUUUCUUUCUUUUUUUUUGGUGAGUACUCCUGUGCAGACUUGGUUGAGACUUUCCAGUUGGUGCGCCUGCUGCGCAACUUGCACUUAUCAUUUGUGACUUGCACCUUCAGGAAACGAGUGGGAGUAUUUGGAGAUGUGAUGGAGCGUCGCUUUUUCGUAGCUUUCUAUGCCGGUUCCGUCGGAAGUAAGGUAUCAACAGGUAUAACUGUUACGACCUGUUGUGUGCGUGUUAACUGAAAACGAUGACGCUAGAUAUUCCUUACGCGUUAUUGACCAUUACGUUCAGCAGUUCUUGGCCACUCGUCGCCAAUUAACGAUUUUAUAAUUCUGGCGGACUGAUUGUGUGCUUGUUUUAAUACUGUACUUACCGUUAUGCUCACGCAAAGUGGGACAUCUCUUAAUCGUAUAGCCCGAUUGACUUUAAAGCUGGGCCGGCAUGUAAACUACUAAGCCUGUUUUCGUGAACUUGGGGCCGCGGGCACAACUGUAAUGAUUUCCGAGAACGAAUGCGGGAUUGUGUUGUUCAGUGCGCAAUGCUUUCUCGCGCACUACACCUGUUGUAAACGUUUAAUAAGUAACAUAUGUUCAUUGUGGCCCUGAGAGCCGAAUCGCAAAGACUAGCGAUUUAUUUUAUCAUUCUGUUCUAAUUGAUAUGAUUGACGAGUAUUGAACCACAGCUUGAUCUCGCUGGAGCACUCGAUUGGCGCGCUGCGAAGUGAAAGAUAACAAUGCUGCCCCGCAUAUUAACAACUACAUUCUCACCCGAGCCAGAUAAUUUCGGGUAAUUGAACUACGCCUCUUCCUCUUCACAGCCACUAUCUAUCUACGCACUAUAUUGUAACGUAGAUUCAAGACGGAGUCUUGCAAGAUAGGCGCUUCUCUUUAAUGGCGGGCCAGAAGAAGAGCGUGCAGAUUAUAUACGCGCUUCAUCGUCUUUCAUGGCGCCGACCUUUGCGCGCGCCGUCCCGCGGUGCGGAAGCCCCACAUCAUUGUGUCAAUUGCCCCCCAUGCGAAAAGGAACAGUCUCGGUCGCGUCAAAAAGUUCUUUCAGCGACGACAAGAAAUGGAGCUCCUCGGGUGCAUCGGGGCGUUCACGUACGCGCAUGGUUUCAUGCGCACUGCAUGAACUUAAGCGCGAGGAUGACGACGGAGCGAACCGGGGUCAGAACUGCAGAGGACGACUUCGUAUAGGGGACGACCUCCACCAGAAAAAUGUGUUGUAAUGUGCUUUACCUUCGCAUUCUCUGCAAUCGGGCCUCUACUCGAAUCUCUUUUUAGUAUCGGAGGAAUGAAUGCUGGGUGGAUGCUACGAACGUCCCCGUUGAAUGGGUUACGCCACCAAGCUCUUUAGCUUACUUUGCCUAAUGUAUUGGCUAUAUCGUUUUUACCUGACCGAAAUUUUCCGUAUCAAACUUUCUAGAGCAUUGUUGGGAACUUAGUUUGUAAUAAAGCAUGUUCCAUCGUUGAGAGAACAUCGGUGAGAGAAGUACAGCGCCGCACCUCUGCACACCAAUGCAUUCGAGUUGACGUGGAGUGCACCCGGUAGCCAAAUAUUUUGCCCAGCAAUCGCCGCGGAGCCAAAGCCAUCCAGAUGCCACCCUACGGAGAGUCGGUGAAGUUUUCCAGUGAUUUCGAAUGGAAGGAAAGCCGUAGAUCUAAGAGGGUGCGUCACAUAAUCUCUAUUAGCCUCUUCAGUAACAAAUUUGGAUGGACUACCGACAUUUGUGUUGAAAUUGCAGUAGGACGAUUAUUUCUGAAUUUUCCAGUAAGUCAUCGUACUUGCGUUGUAAUUAAAUCGAACUGUAGAGUCAUCAGUCAGGUCACGUGUCCAUUUCAAAAGAAUUGAAUCGCCUGUUUAAAACACAUGUACAGUGCUCAGCGACUGAAACGCGAUACUUGGAGCGCGCGACUACUGAAACUUGAUUGCGCCACCAGGGGGGGACACCUUGUGAUGUCUUGCAUGUGCAUUCGGCCCCCCUCAGGAAUAGCCUAGCAUUCACCGGUGGCCCAAAAAGGGCCAGCCGCUAUGUCGUCCGAGUAUCGCGUUUCCUUCACCGAAUAUUGUACAAUUAUUGGUUGCAGGCUUACGAGAAAGGAAAACAAAAUAUUUGUUCAGCAUGGCUGACCGAACGGGGCACGUCAAACAUUGUCAGAUGUCGUAAUGUACAAUUGUCUGUGUAGCAAUACGCUGUUCAUGCAAGUGCAAUUUUUAUUUGUUUUAUUUGAAGAUGCUGCCAAUCCCAAGGGGAUCAUAGCA